ACAUUUCAAGAACAAAUGCAACAUCCGAUGUGAAUGUAAUGUGGCAGUGUAGUGACAUUCAUGCGCACAAAACAUGGCGCAGUCUAUUCACUGAAAUAAGUAUGGCCCCUUGUGUGCGUCACAGUCACGUGUGGCAAUUUCAAAGACACUUUAACCAGUCGUCUCUGUGCUGGCAUUUUAAGUGACGAAUUGAAACUAUUUUUGGAAAUAUUGUUCAGUUCCAAUGGUCCAUUUCAUUGAGAUUCCACUGUAUACCUGAUUUAUAUCCACAUACAGAAGAGGGUCGGAUUUGAACAAAUCAAAAUUGUACUGAUCACGUUGAUAUUAACAAAAAUUAGACACAUUUCAUAUGAGAAAAAUCUUAAUUGCCCUGCUGUAUGAACGGAGAAAUACCAAAGCUUACACAUAUGGAGUGACCUUUGCUCUGCUCCACUGUUUUAUGGGGUUCCACUGGGUUCAGUUUUAUGGCUGCUGUUUUUCUCUUUGUAUUUGCUGCCCUCAGGUUCCAUCCACUAGCACUUUUUACAAAUACCCCACUCAAGGGGCCUCAAAUAUCAAAGUAUCAUCCAUACCUUCUCUAAAUGUUCUCAUCCAAACCUUGUCAACUCAAUCUCCUGCUCUUCAGGCGCCUGUUGUUUGAUGCAUUGUUGUUGUUGUUUGGGUAUCAGCUCCGGUCUGGGAUGUUCACAUGGAGCUGAGUGACGAAGCAGUAUUCUGCAGGGCUAGAGGUGUCUACCCCGCCCCCACGCUGCUCUGGUCCACAGACCCUCCUAUUGAUGUUGAGCCCUUCAACAAUACGAAGAAACAGCAAACGGACUUGGGCUUCUAUGACAUAGAGAGCUGGCUGACUCUGAAGGUGGCCAGAAGUAUCAACGUGGACUUCAUUUGUGACAUCACCAACGACAGGAACAAUAAAAGAGCUCAGCUCAGGAUACAAGACGCCAUCCACGCAGCAUCCAACAGCGAGAUGAAGGUUCCUUGCAGUUUUCCAGCCAAGCUGGACACCUUCGAGCUGACCUGGAGGACCCGUCACUCAGAGCACAUCCUGUCCAUGGGCGUGAGUGGUCUGAAGAGACAACUGACAAUUUCAGCUGAGUGGAAGCACCACGUGCUAGACGGGCGCUCGGCUUGGCGUCAUCUUAAGUUGCCCAAUGUGUUGCCCGACCACCAAGGCACGUACACCUGCCAGGUCCGAACACCUCAGGUCACCUACAUCACGCAGACGGACGUGAUUGUCACAUCAGGUAGUCACAAUAGCUGUGUCUGGAAACACUCCCUAUCCACUGACUAUAUGCUCUUGUAA